AUGAACAGAUGUUGCAUGUUUCGGGCACAAAGGCCACAAGUGGUUUCAGGUGCUGAGCACGUUUUUGAAACUGCACACAUCUCCAUACUUCUCCUCGUACCCGGCUCUGUACAUCCUUCUCCAUCCUAUGCGUCUGGUCCUCGUGCCCGGCUCUGUACAUCCUUCUGCCUCUGGUCCUCGGGCCCGACUCUGUACAUCCAUCUCCAUCGUUGUGCCUCUGGUCCUCGUGCCUGGCUCUACAUCCUUCUCCAUCCUUCUGCCUCUGGUCCUCGGGCCCGGCUCUGUACAUCCUUCUCCAUCCUUGUGCUUCUGGUCCUCGUGCCUGGCUCUGUACAUCCUUCUCCAUCCUUGUGCUUCUGGUCCUCGUGCCUGGCUCUGUACAUCCUUCUCCAUCCUUCUGCCUCUGGUCCUUGGGUCCAGCUCUGCACAUCCUUCUCCAUCCUUCUGCCUCUGGCCCUCGUGCCUGGCUCUGUACAUCCUUCUCCAUCCUUCUGCCUCUGUUCCUCGGGCCCGGCUCUGUACAUCCUUCUCCAUCCUUGUGCUUCUGGUCCUCGUGCCUGGCUCUGUACAUCCUUCUCCAUCCUUGUGCUUCUGGUCCUCGUGCCUGGCUCUGUACAUCCUUCUCCAUCCUUCUGCCUCUGGUCCUCGUGCCUGGCUCUGUACAUCCUUCUCCAUCCUUCUGCUUCUGGUCCUCGUGCCUGGCUCUGUACAUCCUUCUCCAUCCUUCUGCCUCUGAUCCUCGGGCCCGGCUCUGUACAUCCUUCUCCAUCCUUCUGCCUCUGGUCCUCGGGCCCGGCUCUGUACAUCCUUCUCCAUUCUUCUGCCUCUGGUCCUCGUUCCCGGCUCUGUACAUCCUUCUCCAUCCUUGUGCCUCUGGUCCUCGUGCCCGGCUCUCUCUAUUGCAUGGUGUUUCUGUUUCAUUUCAUUUUUAAUGUCUGGUCGGACACGCGCCUACGCUCAUACAUACAACACACAUCAACCGGACACUUGGUGUUCAUGGUGUUCCAAAAUUUUAUCAUCAUCCUCGUUGUCCACGCCAUGAUGCCAUUUCUUUCUUUCCAGUUGACUGAGACAUCCAGCUAUGUAGCACAUAGGCCGCAGAGUUGCUGUAAUGCCCACCUCUCCGAUGGUGGUUACUAUCUGAAACAUUUAAGAGUCAGUCAGGGUGAGUGUGUUUGGUUCUCUGAUCUAAGUUUGUUACCUUAUGAUCAAGAACCCACUCUUAAAAUACUGUUUUACAUGUUGCAUGUAGCUACACCGCUAUUACCUGAAAUAAUUGUUUUUCACGUUAUCCUGUAAUAUUUUGCCUUGGUUUAAUGGUAAAACAUUAACCACAAUAAUGCUGCAUAUACGGUAUUGUACAGGGUUCGAGAAAUACCACAGUGCUCCCUGAAUUCAAUGGGGGUUGUAGCAUUAGAGAAAUGCCUGGUUCUGGUUUGUUGCACUGAAGGCAGAGGCGCCCUCUAGUGGAUGUUAGACACUGCUGAUGAAUGUACAAAAGCGGCGUUGCAUGUCUAUGCAUGAAUGUAUCUAUGCAAGCGACUGCUGGUGAUGCUGACUGCCUGUUGUUUUUCACGUUCUGAGUGGCGGAAUGCAUGGAUAGUCCUCGACCCGCCUCUGCCUCUGCUUUGAUGAUCUCAUUGCUCUUUACAUGAUGAAAAUGGCAUCUUUCUUUUCCUUUGAAUAACACUUCAUAUAAACGUCGGCUGGUGUUUGGUUUUCACAUUUUUGUCCUUAUUGAGUUUAAAAAAAAAAAAAAAAAGCUGAAUUAAUGCUUUUUUGGUUUCAGACAUCUCUGUAUAUCAGGCAUCCAUAAAAUACCAGUUUUCCCAUGUGUUGAAGUACCAACACUGAUUUCACUGAGGGGAAAAAGCCACCAUGAAAUGUUGAUUUGAUCCACUUUUGUCAUGUAUGUUGUUUUACUACCACAGUCAUGAACAGUUUGUAUGCUACGUUGACAAGCUUCCAAAUCUUUCUGGGUGAUAAGUUACUUAAAACAUUUUUGCCCCUCCAUAUAUGGUUACUAAUUAAGAUAAGAAUGAUAAUUGUGAUGAUAAAAUCUAUUCCAUAAUUGUUUUUUUUUAUGGUGGAGGAUGUUAAAGAAAUGGCAAUAAAACGGUAGUUCAAUAUGAAAUGAGAUUCCUUUGCUGUGAGUCAGUACACUGGAAUCGGUGGCUUGUUAGGCAUGUUGCUGUGUGUUUGCUUUUUAGACUUUAGGAUUUUAGGUUUUGCUCUACACUGGAAAUGUUCUCCAGGGCAAGUAUGUGGAAGGUUGUGCAAUAUGGGAAUCGAAUAUAUUUAAUAAUGACAACUUACAUGUGACUCAUGGGCAAGUGCAUGAGACUCAAAGCUUUGUUAAUUUAUUUGUAUAGGUCACAAUUUGAAGAGAAUGCACUUUUAAUAUGCACAUUUCUAUCAUUUUUAUGUUUCAGAAUAUGUUUUUCCUUUGAAAGAACAAAAAUUUGUAUAAAGGAUCUACAUAUGCAAGAAGAGAAACUGAAAUGUAAUAAACAGGAAACACAG